AAGUACAUUUUUUUAACAUAAGCAAAAAAAACACAAAUUGAAAUCAUUUAGUUAAUUGUUCAUUAAAUUAAAGUAUGACAUUUAACUAAAUUGUGUACGGAAAGUGUUUAUCCUUGGUCGUGGAUUGAUUCUACCAUAAAAGUAAAGGUAAGAACUAGGAGUUAUUCACACGGGACCCGCUAGUGGUAAGGAGAUCUCUUGGAGAACAUGGAUUUCUCAGCUUUUACCAAAAAGGUUGAGACUUAUCUCACGCCGGAGAAGAUCUAUUGGUCUAUCAUCGCCUGUCUCUGGAUAGAAUAUGCUUUCGAACUGUAUCUUUGCCUGCGACAGCGGAAAGUAUAUCAUCAAUCGAAAGAGAAGGUACCGAAGGAGCUGAAUCUGGACAAGGAGACGUUUGAAAAAUCGAGACUGUACGGACUGGACAAAGGGAACUUUUCCAUGUUUCACGAUUUCUAUUCAAUGUUUGUCUUAACGGGUCUAUUGAGUUGUUCUGGAUUGUAUAAGGGAUGGAUAGUCAGUGGCCCGGUUUUGGAUUUCUUUAACGUGUGGCCCGUAGGAUGGGACAAGGAAAUUGGAAAAAGUGUCAGCUUCAGUUUGAUUGCUUUGUUGUUCAACAACAUUGUAGGACUCCCUUUGUCGCUAUAUUCCACUUUUGUACUUGAGGAGAAGCAUGGAUUCAACAAACAGACGCUGGGAUUCUUUUGUAAAGAUACUGUGAAAGGGAUCCUAGUUUCAGCAUUAAUCACCGUGCCUAUUGUUGGACUGAUUGUUAAAAUUGUGCAGCUCGGCGGCCAAUUCUUCUUUGUCUGGCUUUGGAUCUUUUGCUUCAUUGUGUUAAUGUUCUUAAUGACAAUCUACCCACUGUUGAUUGCUCCAUUGUUUGACAAAUACACUCCACUGCAAGAAGGACCACUGAGGACUCGAAUUGAGGCAUUGGCUGGCAGAAUUAAGUUCCCAUUGACAAAACUCUUCGUGGUAGAAGGGUCGAAACGAUCUGCUCACAGCAACGCUUACUUGUACGGACUCUUCAACAACAAGAGAAUAGUUUUGUAUGACACACUUAUCAAGGGAUAUGUCAAGUCAACUGAUGACAAGAAGGACAAGGAAGAAAACGGAGAAUCCUCGAAAGCUACUGAAAAGAAGGCUGAUCCGGAAAGUGAAGAAAAGGGAUGCACCGACGAAGAGAUCGAGGCAGUUUUGGGACAUGAACUAGGACACUGGAAAUUGAACCACGUUGUCAAGAACAUUGUCAUAUCACAAGCCAACUUAUUGUUCAUUUUCGCCCUGUUUGCCAUGUUCUAUCAAAAUUCAACUGUCUAUGAAGCUUUCGGAUUCCCCAAGAAAACUGAGAAACCAAUCUUACUCGGGCUCAUUAUUGUUCUCCAAUUUCUCCUGCAGAUUUAUAAUGCCGCUAUGGGAUUCUUGAUGCACGUUCUCUCCCGAAAAUUCGAAUUUGAAGCGGACGAAUUCUCUGUGCAACUUGGCUAUGGUCGCGACUUGAAGGGCGCUCUCAUGAAAUUGAACAAGGACAAUUUGUCAUUCCCAAUUACGGACCCACUCUAUUCCGCCUGGCACCAUUCCCACCCUCCCCUCCUCCAACGACUCCACGCCAUUGAUGAUGCCAUGAAAAAGUCAAAAUAACCAUGUUCACAAAAAAAUAGAAAAGUAUUCCAUUCAACAUUUUAACUUUACUAUAUGUACAAUCUAAAUAUCUUCAUGUUUCUCCACCUGUUCUCCAUACUUUUUAGUAGAUAGAUUGUGAACCAACCCGUGUGAAACGACCAUUGAUAUUCUUGGUUUGUAUUGUAUUGUGUAUAUUAUUCUUAAAUCUUGUUAUUCACAGAUUUCCUGAAAAUCUAUUUCAAACUCGAACCAUCGAUGUCGUCUUUUAAAAAUUCUUAAUGUGUGUUAAUAGUUUCAUCAUUUAAGUAAGCUUCAAAGCUCUUGUCAACAACAUCGUCACUGACGAUUCGUCAGUACUGUUUUAAUUGUCAAAAGUCUGAGUGCAGUGAUAUACGUAUGUAUAAGUUAAAAAAAAAAGAAAUAAAAAAUACUAUAAUUGUUUUUUGAAA